AAUUUGUCUUUUUCCCUGACAAAAUCUAUGUCCUAUAGCUUCAUAUGGAUGCUCUUUGUCAUCCCAUCUUAUGUUUUCUCAGCUGAUGAGCUUCACAGACGCUGCAGUCCCUCGUUUAGCUGUGGCAAUCAGAGCGGUUUCCUGUACCCUUUCUGGGUUGCUGGCAGAAAAGAAUGCGGUCACCCUGACUUCGAGCUUGAGUGCAGCACAGGAUUCGCAGAGCUUAGCAUUUCCUCUGUCAAAUUUAGAAUCUUAGCAGCGAAUUAUGACACUGGUAUCAUAAGACUCGCCAGAUCCGAUAAGAUCGGUGAUCCAUGUCUCCAAGAUUCUUUAACUACGUCAUUCAACGAAACCAUCCUUCCACUUGCUCCUACCACCGACCUGCUAACCAUUUAUUACGACUGUAGCCGAGACUUUUCAUCAUUUGUUUCUACUUUUGUUAAAGACCUUGAUUGUCCAGAUGAUGAGACUGAUGAUAGAAGAAAUUACUAUGUGACAAGAAACCUCUCGUCCCCUCUACUUCAAGGGAUCAGUAAUGCUUUAAACGGCUUCAGGAGAUUGUGCAGUAGAAACGUUAGUAUUCCCGCAUCUAGAACCGCGCUGAACACACUAGAGAGCACUCAAAGUACAGAUAAUCUAAAGAAGGCACUUGAAGAUGGUUUCGAGCUUGAAGUUAACUCAGAUUGUCGGACAUGCAUAGACUCUAAAGGUGCUUGUGGAUAUAAUCAAGCCUCAAGUAGAUUCGUCUGCUAUAAUAUGGAAGAGCCACAAAAACCAACUAGAAACAAGGGCCUCUCUACUGGAGCAAAAGCAGGCAUUGGGGCUGCAUCCUUUGCAAUGUUGGGCGUCAUUCUUGUAGUCGCAUGUUUGUCCGGUCUCAUCAGGCGGCGAAAAAAGACAUCAGAUGAUCCGAAAAGGAAGACACCAAAUUUUCUGAGAAGGAAGACAUCAGAUGAUUCAAGACAACAAUAUCUAAAGAACUUUAUUCCACUGAAACACUAUAGCUACGUGCAAGUGGAGAGAAUUACAAAGUCAUUCGCCGAAGUGGUUGGAAAAGGUGGAUUUGGAACUGUUUAUAGAGGAACCCUUUGUGACGGUCGUAGUGUUGCUGUGAAGAUUUUAAAAGAGUCGCACGGUAAUGGGGAAGACUUCAUCAAUGAAGUUGCGAGCAUGAGCAAAACUUCUCAUGUCAACAUUGUUACCCUGCUUGGAUUCUGCUCUGAAGGUUCUAAGAGAGCAAUUAUUUACGAAUUUAUGGAAAAUGGUUCUCUUGAUAAGUUCAUCUCUAGCAAGAGGUCAUCAAAUAUAAACUGGAGAGAACUAUAUAACAUUGCCAUAGGGGUUGCUCGUGGUCUAGAGUACUUGCACCAUGGCUGCAGAACAAAAAUUGUACAUUUCGACAUAAAACCACAGAAUGUACUGUUAGAUGACAAUCUUUGUCCCAAAGUUUCGGACUUUGGCCUUGCUAGGCUCUGCGAGAAAAAAGAGAGUAUUUUAUCAUUGCUAGAUACAAGAGGUACGAUAGGGUACAUUGCACCUGAAUUGUUUUCAAGAAUGUACGGUAGAGUUUCCCACAAGUCGGAUGUGUAUAGCUAUGGAAUGUUGGUUCUUGAGAUGAUAGGAGCAAGGAACAAACCAUCAACUGAAGACUCUGCAUCGAACCCAAGCUCAAUGUACUUUCCAGAAUGGAUAUAUAAAGAUCUUGAGAAGGGAGACAAUGAAAGGCUUAUCGAGAACGACAUCAACAGCGAAGAUGAUGAGAUAGCAAAGAAGAUGACAUUGGUGGGUUUGUGGUGUAUUCAGUCUUCCCCAUCAGAUCGCCCACCGAUGGACAGAGUAGUAGAGAUGAUGGAAGGGAACGUAAAUGCUCUUGAAGUCCCUCCUAGGCCUGUUUUGAAGCAAAUCCCCACAACAAUUCUUCAAGAAUCUUCUUCUUUUUCAGAGGAUAUAUCAGCAUACACAGAAGUAUGUUCCAUUAAUGUCGAUAAAGAAAGAAACCUCCAUGGAACCUAUUAAAGCACAAAAGCAGGCAGCAAACACAUUUUUUUUUCAUCUCUAGAGCUUUCUUUGGCAUGACAGUAAACAAUUGUGGCAUUA